AUGGCAUCAGCAACCGCUUACACAGGACCGUCUGCUCGCGAGAUGUUUGAAAGUCACACCCUAAGCAAGGAGAUCAUCGCACGUGCAAAAGAUCCUGAGCCCGUUCUCGAUGAGUCCGAACUGGCCCUACUCAAACGCUAUGUCACCGCUCCUGAGACGAAGAGCGAGAUUUUGAGGGAACUUGGAUUUACAGAUGAGGAUAGAAAGAUCUUGAAAGGGAAGGAACAUGGAGAUGGGAGUUUGGUGGCAUAUAUCAUGAUACAGUCUGUUCAUGGCAAUGACCUCUUGUUAGAGAAAGAGAUCGCAGAUUUAAAGGCGUGGUUUGACAAAUCUUGA